CAUCAGCCUAUUUGUUUGUCCUUUCCUUUCCGUUUUUAACAACACGGUAGUAAAUAGCGAGCUGUUCCUUGCACGGCACCAGGCACUCCAGCACGAGGCACUCCGGCAUCAUCCGUGCAGGGUAAUUCCGAGGUAUCUUUACAACACUUGAUUGGACUUUAUUGCAUAACACGGAUGAGAAGUGCUUCAGCCAAGAUGAUGAGGGCAGUCUUAGUACGUCAGUUUGGGGAUGUAGACCAGAUGAAAGUAGAGAGAAUCCCAAUUCCAACUGUUCGGGAUAAACAGGUCUUGAUCAAAGUACAUUCCAGUGGGGUGAACCCUGUCGAUACCUAUGUGCGUGCUGGACAAUACAAAAUGCUCCCAGACCUGCCUUACAUCCCAGGAAAAGAUGCUGCAGGCCUUGUUCACAGUGUUGGAGCCUCAGUCACUAAGUUUAAACCAGGAGACCGGGUGUUCUCAUCUCAGACAAACCAGAUGGGGACACUAGCGGAGUAUGCAUGUGUUGACGAAUCAAAUGUGUUUCCUCUUGGAAGUUCUUUAACUUUUGACGAAGGUGCUGCCAUAGGCAUCCCAUAUUUUACUGCCUACAGAGCACUUUUCCAGAAAGCCUUAGCAAAGAGCGGGGAGAGGUUAUUGAUUCAUGGAGCGAGUGGUGCUGUUGGAAUUGCAGCCACACAGAUAGCCAAGAAACAUGGUAUGUAUGUAGUUGGAACAGGUGGCACAACAGAAGGAAUAGAUUUAGUACGAGAAACAGGAGCUGACGAGGCUGUUAACCAUCGGGAUAGCAAUUAUAUUGAAAAGCUCAUGGAAGGGGAGAAGUUUGAUGUCAUACUAGAGAUGUCGUCACAUGUUAACCUUGGGCAUGACUUGACUCUUAUGAACAGCGAUGGUAGGACAGUUGUCAUUGGCUGUCGUGGUCCUGUCAACAUAAAUCCACGUGCUUUGAUGGGUACAGAGGGCUCUAUAAUUGGCUGUGCUCUCUUUUCUGCAACACCUGAUCAGUUUCAAGAGAUAGGAUCAGCAGUGGUUAAAGGAAUCACGGAUGGCUGGGUAAAACCCGUCAUUGACACUGUGUUUGACUUAGAGAAAGCACAUGAAGCACACACUGCAGUUAUACACUCCAAGGGUGCUAAGGGAAAACUUAUUGUUAGAGUACAAGAAUAGUAGUAUAACAUUUUCAGUAAGGAUCUGUAACCUGACACUGGUUUUUCUCCAGGUAUGACUAUAUAUUGAGUGUUGCAUUCCAAAAAAAAAUAUUUAUUUUUAUGUUUAUUGGUACUGAUAUUCCAACUUACUUCUUCUUUUUCAUCUUCGUUUUCUUUCUUUCUUUUUUCUUUUUGUUUCUUGGUUUCAACAAUGGGUUAUUAGUCUUAGUAUGAUUCUAGAUAAUGUUAUUAUAAUAAUUGCUAA